UUACGUAUUCGUGUGGGGAUAUUACGUAAACCUCGGUCGAACACGGGUUUAUGGUUUCACUGCAUUUCCAGCGAGCCACUCCAAAACGCAAAGCAGAGCACACCCGAGUCCACCACCGCUCGCCGUCGGCCAAUGGCGGUCGCCCGUCGCCUCCAUCGCCUUCCCACGGCCACCGCGGCCGCCAAGCGGUCGGCCGGAACUCUCGCCUCCAGCCUAGGAGGAAUCGGCGCGAGACCCUCAACGGCCGCCCUGGCUGCCGCCGCUACAGCCGCCGCCGGCGCCGGCCGCGCCUCCGAGUGCCAGUCCCUCCUCCUCCGCAUGUCGCGCCGCCGCGGCGCCUCCCGCCGCGAGAUCGUGUCCUCCCUCCUCGCCUCCUGCCCCACCACCCCGCAGCCGCAGGUCUUCGACCUCCUCAUCCGCACCUACACCCAGUCCCGCAAGCCCCGGGAGGCCUUCGAGGCCUUCCGCCUCCUCCUCGACCACCGCGUCCCCGUCCCGGCCUCCGCAUCCAACGCCCUCCUCGCCGCGCUCUCCCGGGCCGAGUGGCCUCACCUCGCCGCGGAGGCCUACCGCCUCGUCCUCUCGUCCGACUCUGAGGUAAACGCAUACACGCUCAACAUCAUGGUCCACAACUACUGUAAAACCUUAGAGUUCGAUAAGGUUGACGCUGUCAUCUCCGAGAUGGAGAAGAGAUGCGUAUUUCCGGAUGUGGUUACGCAUAAUGUGAUGGUUGAUGCCAGAUUUCGUGCCGGAGAUGUGGAUGCAGCAAUGGCAGUGGUCGAUUCGAUGGCUAAUAAGGGGUUGAAGCCUGGGAUCGUGACGUACAAUUCAGUGUUGAAGGGGUUGUGCAAGCACAGAAGGUUGGAUAAAGCGAAGGAGGUGUUCAGGGCAAUGGACCAGUGCGGUGUUGCAGCGGAUGUUUGGAGUUUCAAUAUUUUGAUUGGGGGAUUCUGUAGAGUUGGGGAGGUUGAGGAGGCAGUGAAGUUUUACAAGGAGAUGCAACAGCGUGGUGUUACACCAGAUAUGGUGAGCUUUAGCUGCUUGAUUGGAUUGUUCUCAAGGAGAGGGAAGAUGGAUCGUGCAGCGGAAUACUUGAGCAAAAUGAGGGGUUCUGGUUUGGUGCCUGACGGUGUUAUUUACACAAUGGUCAUAGGUGGGUUUUGUAGGGCUGGGUCAAUGUCUGAGGCUCUGAGAAUUAGGGAUGAGAUGGUCGGUUGUGGAUGUCUACCAGAUGUGGUAACUUACAAUACCCUGUUGAGUGGUCUUUGUAAGCAGCGCAAGUUGCUUGAUGCUGAGGAGCUUUUGAAUGAGAUGAAGGAGAGAGGGGUUACACCAGAUUUAUGCACUUUCACAACUUUGAUUCAUGGGUACUGUAGGGAGGGUAACAUAGAGAAAGCAUUGCAAUUGUUUGACACAUUGUUGCACCAGCGCUUGAGGCCAGAUGUUGUGACAUACAAUAGUUUGAUUGAUGGGAUGUGCAGGAAAGGCGAUCUGACCAAAGCUAAUGAGCUUUGGGAUGAUAUGCAUGCUCUGGAAAUCUUCCCCAAUCAUGUUACCUACAGCAUCCUGAUAGACAGCCACUGUGAGAAGGGACAAGUUGAAGAUGCAUUCCGUUUUUUGGAUGAAAUGGUUGAUAAAGGUAUUGUACCAAACAUCAUGACCUACAAUUCCAUUAUCAAGGGUUAUUGCCGGUCAGGUAAUGUAAGAAAGGGGCAGCAGUUUUUGCAAAAGAUGAGGCAAGACAACAUAUUACCAGAUUUAAUUACUUUCAACACCCUGAUCUAUGGUUAUGUUAAAGAAGAAAAAAUGGACGAAGCUUUCAAUGUGUUUAACAUAAUGGAGAAGGAAAUGGUACAGCCAGACGUUGUCACAUAUAAUAUGCUCAUAAAUGGGUUUUCUGAACAUGGCAAUGUGCAAGAAGCUGGUUGGAUUUUCAAGAAAAUGGGUGAGAGAGGAAUUGAACCGGAUAGAUAUACAUACAUGUCUAUGAUUAAUGGUCAUGUUGCAGCUGGCAACUCGAAGGAGGCAUUUCAGCUUCAUGAUGAAAUGAUUCAUAGAGGAUUUGCUCCUGAUGACAAAUUCUGAGAAAUGCUGGUAAUGGCAUUGUACCUUGCAAAUUGCCAGUGUCUUUUGAAUUCUUGCCUCCACAGAUAUUGUGAAUUCAAGGGGUUGAAGGAAGUUAUUGAUGUGAAAGUGUUCUCCCACGGGAACUUAUAUUGUGGGCGUGUUUUCUUCACCAAGGUCAAGGAAUGUUGCACAGAAGAAGCAUAGAAAAUCUUCUUAACCUCUCAGUUCCGUACUUGGUGAGAGAGACUACACAAAGUAUGGUAAUGCCUGAGCUGCAACUAUGGCCUCCAGAUUUCACAACGACUAAGCAAAAACCACUGCACAAAAAAAAGAUAGAAAAUUGACGAGGGUACUCAAUAUGUCCGUCCCCUUCAGUCAAAGCUCCAGAAGAGCAGCCAAAAGAACAUUGAAUGGGAAAAAUGAAUAAACGAACAUUGUAUAAAACUGCACAUGCCUUCAAGAAAUCUUCAUGGGUUUGGGCAUCUUCCUCCAGGAUUAUUCGGAUCAAAUGUGCAGCCGGAUGCCCCAGGCAUGGAUGUCAAGGACGCCGAGUUUCUUCCCUGGGGCUGUGGUUUCUCUCUCGGAACCCGGGAUGCAGCGAUGGGGGUGGCUUGUGCGCCCAGGACUAGGAUGAGAAUGAGAAUCAAGGGCAGAGCUUGUUUUCUUUGGAACAACAUAGAUGACAUUCUGGUAUCUUCUGAAGUUGUGUAUCAAAUUGAGAUGCCAGUAGGAAGCCGUACCGCUAUAUAGCCAAUUAGCCAUGUAGGAGCAUAUGCUUAGGCUUCCGCGUUUGGUUUCCUUGAGGCUCACGGUUUCGACGCGUUCAACAGUUAUACGCGGGAUAUUAGCAAGGUUGACCACUGCAAGAGUCGUCGACUCGCCGUGAACAAGUUCACAGAAAGGAGCUCUCUUCCACAAUGUAAUUUCUGAAGUACCAAGGGUUGUUUGGAUCCCCGGGCUAAACUUUAGUCCCUAUCACAUCGAAUGUUUAGAUACUAA